CCUCUAUUUGCAUACUUAUACCCUCAAUAUGUAAGGUCACUAAGCAUAUUGUUUGCUACACAGAUUGUAUAGCGAAAAACAUGAAUGCAUAUAAAAUCCUUUAUUAUCAAUCACACAUUUAACUUUUUUUUUUGUUUUGUUUUGUUGUUUUGUUUUCUUUCGCUUAUUUGCACUAAAAAAAAAUGAUUUUUGAAUCAAAAAAGGCUUCUAUCCAAUGCCCUGAUAUUUCUUUUUAUGAUUUCGUGUUUGCCAAAAAUGAACGUAUUGAUCUUAAUCGACCUUGUUAUAUUAAUGCUGAAAAUCAUUUGGAAGUGUUCACUUACAGAAAAGUAAUUGAAAUUAUACUAAAGUUUGCUGCUGGUAUCAAGCUUGUCUUUCCUGACUUUAAGAAAGGCGAUGUUGUUGCUUUUUAUGCUACAAAUGAGAUGACUUAUGCAGCUGCUAUUCAUGGUCCUCCUAUCGUUGGGGGUACCUCUGGUGUUAUUCCUAGCUAUACAAGCCCUGAUCAGGCAGCUGAUUGUCUGAGAAUCAUAAGACCCAAGAUUCUAAUCGCCUGCAUUGAGACAAUCAAUAAUGCACUAGAAGCAGCCAAGAUGAUUGGUCUUUCUGAAUGCAACGUCUUUGUAUUUGGCGCAGAAACAAUCAAAGGUGCUUGUUCGUUUGACGAUACGUUCUUGUCGCAUGAUGAACUUGCUGUGCCCAUCGAAUAUACUUCAGAAGAGCUUGCAACAAUGCCUUAUUACCUUUGCUUCACAUCAGGCACUACAGGAGGGAAAAGAAAAGCGGUAACCAUCACUCAGAAAAAUCUAUGCUCCAUUAUGCUUGCGAGGGACGACAAUGUGUUGCUUGCAUCAUCUCAUGUUUUGAGUAUCAGUGAUUUUCAUUAUGUGAGUACCCUUUUUAUUACCUUUUCAGGUUAUCCUUUUCGUGGAUUUACUACUUAUCUACUCAAAAAUCAUACUGUUCCAAAAGUAUUUCUUGCUGUUCAGCAAUACAAGAUCAAGGUCCUUUGUACGGUUACUCGAAACAUUAUGUUGAUGUUAAGGGAGACUAAUGCCACUAAAUAUGACCUGUCUUCACUUGAAUUUGUUGCAGUAGGUGGAGCAGCUACAGAUAAAUCAACAUGCCUGCAAUUCUAUAAACGCUUCAAAGUACCAGUUGUGAAUACUUAUGGAAUGACAGAAGUCAUUGGUCCUUUUGAACCCAAUUUUGAAACGUCAUUAGCAGGCGAGGUCGGACCUCUUACUGCAGGAUACAAAUGCAAGUUAAUCGAUAAUGAUGGAAAUGAAGUUGGAUACAACACUGUUGGUGAAUUAUAUAUCAAAGGGCCCUCAGUAACUUUGAAGACUGCUGAAGCUUUUGAUGAAGAAGGCUACUUCCGUACGGGUGACCUGUUUAAAAUGACUGAACACGGAAGUGCUAUAUUUGUUGAGCGUGCUAAUGAUAUAAUCAAAUUCAAGCACUUUCAUAUUGAUCCUCUAAGCAUUGAGAGUGUUUUGGCAUCCCAUCCUUUAGUAGAUGAUUGUGCUGCAGUUGGCAUAUAUUCAAAAAGCCUUGGUGUUUGGCUUCCUACAGCAUUUGUUAAAUUCACAAACCUUACAGAUCAUGCACAGAUUAAAAACGAGCUUCUUGGUUUAAUUGAAGCAAAACUACCUGACGAAAUGCAGCUUCGCGGUGGCCUAUAUAUUGUUGAAAAUAUACCUAGAAACCCAACAGGAAAAAUUGAGCGUCAAGUACUUCGUUCAUUUAAUAAUUGUGGGACUCUUUGCCUCUGAUGGUGAUCUAAUUUUCAGAAAUAUAACAGAUGAAUUUGCUUUAACAAAAUAAAAAAGAAAUAAUUUCUAUAAUUGUAUAGCAAGUGUGUUUCAGCUGUAUAUCAUAAAACAAGAGAAAGUGAAGCCAGAGGCUAAAAGAAGGAUGUUAAUAGACAUAAUAAUUUUGAAAUAUAUGUAGUAAGACAUUCUCCUUUUUUU